AUGGACUCAACUGUUAAAAAUGUUGACACUGAUAAAGCCAGGAAAAGAAAUAACAUAAAGACGCAGCAAAAGAAAGCGGAUAAAAAGCGAAAAUUAUACUCGGCAGCUGGUUUACAUAAAAAGCCAAUAUGCAAACAUAACUCCCAUACUUUGAAAUGCGUCGCGUUGAAGUCCCCUAGAGUUGAUGGAGUAGCAAAAAGGCAUUACCAAACUGGUAGUAUAGCCAAAGAAAACAGAGGAGGAGAUAGAAAACAUUUUAUAUUUGCCUCUAGAAGAAAAUCAGUUGAAAAAUUUAUUAAAAGUUUUACUCCUUUGGAAAGCCACUAUUGCAGGGAUCAGAUAAAGGUGCGCCAGUACCUUCAUCCUGACUUGAACAUCAAAAAAAUGUUCAAAAUGUACGAGGAUCAGGCUUCGCCUGGUUUUGGUGUGAAACAGGGUUUUUUCAGAAAAAUAGUUAACACUAGGUUUAAUAUUUGCUUUGGUAGCCCGAGAACAGACGUGUGUUCUGUAUGUCUUCAACUGACUGAAAAAAUUAAAGUUGAGCCUUCGCAACCUAGAAAACCAGAACUUAUGACACAGCAUAGAAUCCACAAUCUGAGAGCGAAACAGUUUUAUAAAAUGUUACAAGAGGACCUUCCUGGCCUACUUAUAAUUUCAUUUGAUUGUGAAAAAAAUCUUCCACUGCCUAAAAUACCAGACCAGUCGACAUAUUAUUCAAGACAACUGUAUUUAUACAAUUUUACAAUUGUCAUCGGCAAUUCACGCGCAUCCAUGACCACCAAUAACAUUCAUGCGUAUAUUUGGACUGAAGAUGAAACAGCUAAAGGCUCUAAUGAAAUCUGUUCCGCACUAUAUCACUGUAUGAAUUCAUUAGACAUGACUGGAAUUGACAGAAUAAGACUAAUGUCCGACGGAUGUGGUGGUCAGAAUAAAAAUUCUAUGAUUAUAAGUAUGGUUAUGAAAUGGCUUCUAGAAACAACCACUAAUAUAAAGCAAGUUGAAAUAAUAUUUCCCGUCACAGGACACUCUUUCUUGCCGGCUAACAGAGUAUUCCCAUUGAACGAAAGAAAGAUAAAAAAAGAGAGAAUAUAA